GUAGGGUAUAUAAUGUGAUUCUUUUUGUUAAGUUGUGUGGCAUGUGUGUUUUUUAAUAAGAUUUGCAUGAAAAGGACUCCACCCCACUCCACUUUGGAAUCCAGAGGAGGGUGAGAGCGCGAGAAUGGUCAUGACUCUGGUUUCUUUUUCUUCUCCAACCUCUCUGCAUUCCUUUUCUCCGAAGCCUCAUCUUCCUUCUUUGAAGGCAUUUCCACUGAUAUCAUUUUCCUUAAAGUCAUUAUCCUAUCUUUCCCCCAAAUCCAGGACCAAUAUAAGAUGCAAAUAUGCUGCAGAAAGCAUACGGGAGGAUUUCUCUUCCACCCCAAUAGAUGUUGUUGCUGAUGUGAAGACUGAAAAGAUCAUAGUCUUAGGAGGCAGUGGUUUUGUUGGUUCUGCAAUAUGUAAAGCUGCAGUCUCCAAUGGGAUAGAAGUUAUCAGCCUGAGCAGGUCAGGUCGACCUUCAUACUCAGAGUCAUGGAUAGAUCAAGUCACCUGGACCACAGGUGAUGUUUUCUAUGCCAAUUGGGAACAAUUACUGAAUGGUGCUACCGCCAUGGUUUCUACUAUUGGAGGUUUUGGAAGUGAGGUGCAAAUGAAGAAGAUAAAUGGGGAGGCCAAUGUUACAGCAGUAGAUGCUGCAAUGAAGUUUGGAGUUCCGAAGUUCAUUUUGAUAUCUGUGCAUGAUUACAAUUUCCCUUCAUUUCUUCUUUCUUCGGGAUACUUCACUGGAAAAAGGCAAGCAGAAUCAGAGGUUCUCUCUAAAUUUCCAAACUCAGGAGUUGUGCUAAGGCCAGGGUUCAUAUAUGGAAAGCGCAGAGUGGAUGGCUUUGAGAUCCCCCUUGAUUUGAUUGGGGAGCCAUUAGAGAAGUUCUUGAAAGCUAUCGAAAACUAUACAAAGUCUCUGAAUUCACUCCCUGGUUCAGACAUACUCUUGGCACCACCUGUGAGUGUGGACGAUGUAGCAUUUGCCGUGAUAAGCGCAAUCAAGGAUGAUAAUUUUUUUGGGGUUUUUACAAUUGAGCAAAUCAAGGAAGCUGCUGCAAGUGUAAGAGCUUAAAUGAGGGGUGCUUUCUGAAAUUCUUGUGUUAAGAGAGUGGAUUUGCUUGUUUUUUUUCUUGGUUUCUCUGUACAUACUUUUCUAAAGUAUUAAUUGAACGCAACUUUUUAGAUGUUCCUUUAUA